CUUCGGCGUUCUUCUGCUCUUGGGGGCGGUUCACACUCAGUGACCAAGAUUGCUUUAGAGCUCUUCCAUAAACCUUUCAUUCUUCUCACUGCGUCGCAGAAAGCACAAGUUCUUGACAGGCAGGAUAGUGAGAAUACAUGGAUCAAUAACCAUCGCCGUUUGAGUUGUCGUUCAAGCUCAUGCCUUGGUAUCUCAGUUUUUGUCACUGAAACUGGACGUGUUCUCCCUUGCGACGAAUGUCAUAAGGUUUCUAGAUCAUCCAAAUUUCUGAAAGCCUUGAGGUCGAAAGCUCCUGACACAAAAAACUUGAAAUAUAUCCCCAAGAAGUAUCAGAACAAGCUUCUCGCUCACCAGUGGGCAGCAUCGAAUGGACUGAAGGAGCUUGUAGAAUCAGUGGUACGUUUGGCUAUCAACUCCUCGAAUUCAAUCUAUACCCGCUUUGCACAGGGUGCGAUCGCUGGAAAGUACGAUGACUAUGGCGUGUUUUUGGGACUAUUACAUGCGAUGGUGCAGAAGCAAGACAAGGAUGAACGUGGGGUAGGUAUGCAAAACUUUCAGUACAACCCGGAGUGGGAC